UGUGUUAUUAUCAGUUAAACAGUGUUAAAGUGCUACACGUGCAAAGUGAAUGUGUUGAAGUGUAUCUCACACGUUGAAAGAAGUUUUCCAAGCAUUAUCCUUUCUUUGGAGAUAAAAACACUCAGUGCCGUGGGGGAUUUGCUGCAAGCUUAUCGUAGUGUGCCGUACAUUACACCAUCUCCUGUUUGAAGAUAUUUCUCCGAAAAGUUAACUUUUUAACAAGCAAGCAAACGAACGAAAGAAGCAAAAAAAAGAAAUAUUCACAAUGGAACCGCCCGCGAACGUACGGUGCAUUUCGUUUGCUUCCGCUUGAAAGCGAACGGAAGUGAAACCCGUAAGCGCACACCUACGCGCGAAAAUCCUUUGCAUCCUUGUCGUGGUGUCGUGUGUCAGCUUCCUCUACCGGCUUCCUCCGCAGCUGGAGCAACCAGGGAGCUGCAUCUGUACGGAAAGGCUGCUCGAACAUUACAUAGAACCUGAAAACAAGUUAAACUACCAACCCGAGCGCCCGGAACGUUAGGCAGUGCGCAUCGAAGCGUAAUGAAAUGUCAAUUGACCCACAACAAAAACUGAAAGUUAAGACACGUUGCUUAAAAAAAGCAUACACACGCACGCUUCACUUUAUAAUAGACAAGGUUAACGAAACCGGCUACCUGUCUCUGAAGUUAAAGAAAACGAACAAAAACCCCAAACGCACAGUUUGCGCGAUAAUGAAGCCUUACAACAAUCGAGUAUAAUAUCGCGAACGGAUUAACUGCUGUGUGUUUUCCGUAUUGUGGUUGGUGUGGGGGGUUUCUUUAUUUUUUCGUGUUUCAUUAUGUCGCUUUAAAUUGGCCGACCUGACGGGACCGGGCGAGGGGGCGGGACCGGCGGGAUCAUACUAACAAGCCGCGCGCUGCCCAGAAUAAAGAACCGCGCAAAGGACGGAGCAGCGAAUCGCCAACAGCGUCGACGGCACACGGACCCGAGACCAGAAGCGGCAGGAAAACCGCUAGCCGUCGCCAACCGAGAAGUCAAUCAAUUUGGAUGCACACAGCCACACGCACACAGCGACACAAACAAACAAACCGAGACACUUGGCCGAAUGCGGAAAGACGAAGCUCAACGACAUCGCAAGACUGGCCUGAAGAAGCCAAACCAACCCCCGCUCCCGCGACAAUCUCCCGCACGGCAUCGGCACGGAACACACAGCGUGUGCAGACGACGGAGGUCGGAGACGACUUGUUGGUACAGGUGCACCCCACACUGCUGCUCAGCCGGCCGGCACAUCCCCACAUCGGGAGGCCUGCCCCCAUCAAGCCCCCCCCCCCCGGCACCCGGGUCUUCGCCGUACAAGAAGCAGCAAGAAACAAAAAAAAACAGCAUCAAGAAUAAUUCCGAUCGGCAGCCGAACGCACGAACGAAACCAACCCCCAACUUUCCCACAACAGCCACCCCCAGUUGUGUGUGGCAGGGUGUUGCACGGAGCAGCAGCACCCCAGCGCGGGGGUUGGCGGUGCAACCAACCAGGCGGUCACGAAACGGCCACCGAACCGGUUCGGGAGCGCUUCGGCUUUCGUGCGUACACGACGAACCGCGGCGGCACCGUGGCCCCGAACAAAACUUGCCUGCACUCGCCCGAAGCCGACCAGUCGGAAAGUUGCUUGCACGCGGUUCACAGACCCAGUUCGCACUGGCGCUCGCACACGCAAAUGCCAGCUAUUGGGGCGUACCAGCGAGAUAGGGUGUUUCGCGUACUCGAGAACACAGACAACCGAGGAAAACAAAAGGGCAAAGCCAAAAGGGCGGCCAGCACACAGCACAAAACAAUCGCACGGAUAGUCGCCGUGUUUUUUGUGUGUGUUUAUGUGUGACCGUUCAAGUGUGUGUGUGACCGUGCAAAGAGACCACAGAAAAGAAGCGUCCAUGUGCAGUGCGGUGACGAAUUUUUCGUGGUAGUGAAAAAAAGGGAAAAACAGUGAUCGAAUCACGCCGGGAGCGAUCAUUGCAAGUGUUUGAAGUGAGCCGCAGAAAGGAAACGAAGAGCAGCAGAACGUCUCAUAACGAUAAUUUAUGAGCCACAGUGCGAGAUCGUACAAAUACACAUCUCUCCCUUUUUUUCUUGUGACCAGCCGUGUGAGUUGCGUGCGAGUGAAUUUAUACGUGUGCCGUUUGACAAGCGCAGCAAAAGAAAAACCUCCGGUGGCUUGGGGAAAACAUAUUUUAAAUCCACGAAUAUAAAUAAGUGAAUGUGUGUGUGCAUUUUUCUGCUAUCCCGUCUUCUGACAUACUCACGUAAAGGUGCAAAACGGGAGGAAGUGUGGCAGAAGAGCGCAUUUAAGAGUUAGACCAACAGCGACGACGAACCAGUGUGUGGACGUUGUUGUUCCUGCUCGUUGUCGCGCGUGGGAAAGGCUUCGAACGGGGCCAAAGUGGUGCGAUACUUGCGGGUUACUAUACACACACACACACACAUUUGUGAGGGAAUAAAUUAGUGGAAAGGGGAAGUGGUUCCAACCGCGACUGGCCCUCGUUUGCUACGCUGAUUUCCAAACACCCAAACCCGCGUGGAGCAAUUACAAAUAAGCCAAACCUUAUUUGCUUGGCCAAGCUUAAACCUCCCCCCAACAACGAGUGUCUAUGUGUGUGUUUGUUAGUAUGCUGUGUUUAAUGUAACAGUGUGUGGUGCAACUAAUUCUUGUCGAACGACAUUCUUUUACGUGUGCACGUGUCUGUUUGUGCGUGUGUGUGUGUUAGACCGGUCGUUUAGAAGUUGCAAAUUUCUUGAAGAAGUUCCCGUGUCCGUGUGUUUCGCACCGUUGAAAUAAUAAACCAUUUGGGGAGGUGUGUUUGAAUGUGCCCGGUGGGGAAACCGAUGUAGCCGCGGUACCGCGGACAAACAACCAUGUGGCCAACCGUGUGCCCGUUGCCAGCCUGCAGCCAUACUACUAGGGGCAGUGAAACGAACAACCACCGUGCACAAUGUUAGCCAUAGACUGUCUGGUUGGCGGUCUGCUGCUCAGCUCGAUCGGCGUGAACAUACUGGCGCUCGGUGCGUUCUGGGUGACGCCAAGUCUGCGCACCACCGCCAACCGGUUCGUGAUCAACCUGCUGAUAGUGAAUCUCGUCUGCUGCAUCAUUCUCGGGCCGUCGCUGCUGCUGAACGCGUUCACCGGCAAGGCGGCGGUUCCGACGCCACUGCCGACCGCUGAGCUGCCGGCAGCAGCGGCCACACCGAUACUGUACGAGCCGACGACAGGUGGCGAGUAUGGCAGUCCGGCGUACACGACUACGACCGUCGCGCUGGCGUACCAGCAGCCCAGCUCCACGGUAGCCCAACCGAAUCGGACGCGCAUCGUGCGGUGCUUCAAAAAUGGCACCAUGGGCAGUGGGGACGAUGGGCCGUCCAAUUGUGAUAGACAGGAGGAGCAGAAUGAUGAGGAUGAAGAGGAAACGCCCUUCAUACGGACGAGCCGGAUACACCCGGGCUCGGGCGUGGAUGCGCUGCAUCCCAACCUGACGCUCACGAAGAUACGCUGCUGGGGCCUGGACCUGGUGGUGGCCCUGGGGGCCCUCUCCGUCCUGCUCGUCGUCGGGGACACCUGGUGCGCGAUUACCGAUCCGCUGCGCUACCACUCGCGCAUUUCCGAACUGAAGGCGUGGGCGUUCAUCAUCGCAAGCUGGGCGCUCGGCAUUGCGUUCGGCAUUGCGUCCGGGUUCCGGGGGGACCAGAAGUACGUGACGCUGUUCAAGAACCGGCUCACGGCGGAGGAGGUGGCCGCCAUCGAAUCUAGUCAGCUGGCCCGCAACCAGAGCGGCGCCGGGCCGGGCGAGGGCGGCCUGCCCGCCGGCGACCGGUUCAUCCAGCAUCUGAACAUCUCGGAGGAUCUGUACAACACGAUCUUCUCGUACGCGUACUUCGUGAUCGUCAUACUGAUCCCGUUUGCGCUCGUGUGCGCCAUGUACUGGCGCAUCUUUUCCGAGGCGCGCGAAAGCGGGCAGCGGAUGCGGCAGAACGGCUCCUCGCCGCUGCUGCAGAGCGCGCUGAAUCUCGUGUCCGCCCAGAAGCAGUGCCAUGCGGCCGACAAGCAGUCGAUGCUGGAGCAGCAGCAGCAGCCGACUCAACAGCUGCAUCAGCCGAUUCAACCGAUGCCGAGCAUUCCGGAGCGGCCGGGCGAGAGCAGGGGCGAUUGCUGCGACGGGCUGACGAUGAAGAUCGACAAGCAGAUCCACUACGAGGACGAAACGAUCACGAUCAGCAGCAUACCGCACCAUCAUCAGCCGCGCGACUCGUGUUUAAAGCCGCUGCUGCAGCAGUCGCCCGCACCAACGCCAACGCACAAACCGAUCCAGCAGCUACAGCCGCUCGAUGCGUCCCUCGAGCGGCCCGAUCGCAGUCCGCAGGUGGUGCAGAUUGCUACGCCAACGUCCGGUGUGGCGGCCUCGCUGCCCAGUGUGCUCAAGUCGCCGCUGCGGCCCGACCGCAACCACAACAGUAUUCUGAUGCACCAGCAGCUCCCGGCGGAGAGCAGUGCGAGCGGGCCGAUUCCCACCCACUCGAGUCCGCCGCCGGCCGCAUCGGCUGGGCUGGGGAAGGUGCGGCGCAAUCACAGCGCCGGCCGGCUGGUAAGCUUCUGCCAGGAGGAGCCGACCGAGCUGCCGGUCGCCGGCCUGCGGCAGGUCCAUUCGACGCCCAACUUCCAGAAGUACAGUGGCGGCGAGUUCGAGAGCCUCGGCACGCACCACAUCCUGUCGCUGCCGGCCGUGCACGUGCCGCCGAAGGCGCUCAGCUACAUGACCUCGAUCCGGCACCGGCUGUCGAACGCGUCCUCCCUGUUCAAGUACCGGGAGGAGUCGCGCGCCGCCCGCAUCAGCAUCCUGGUGAUCAUCAUGUUUCUCGUGUCGUACCUGCCGUACGGCAUACUGGUGCUGAUGCAGGGCCACGUCGAUCUGAUCAUCGUGUCCGACCAGGCGCUGCUCGCGAUCUUCACCGUGGUGAUCGCGAACCUCAGCUCACCGUUCAUCUUCGCCUACCGGAACAAGCGCGUUCGGCGGGGCGUGAAGCGCCUGCUCGGCAUCGACAAGAAGACGAACGAGCGGCUCCAGAAGCUGACCACGAGCAACACGCACUACAACAACCAUCCGCCGGGGCAGCAUCAGCCGCAGCCGCAGCAGCAGCAGCACGGCAACUACGGUGCCAACAUUACGCUGGCCAACGCCGUCGGGCAGGAGGAGGAGCUGCCGGAGGUGAUCGCGCACAAGUCCGCGCACAAGGUGCGCAUCGCCGGCAGCCAGGGCGCCGGCGGGCUGACGCGCAGCAAUAGUUCGUGCAAGUAUCUCACGCCAAAUCACGCGGCGGCCGUGGCCGUGGCGAACGGGUACAUCGUCGAGUUCGAGCGGUACCCCUCCGACGAGCUCAAUAGUCUCUGCAUCCAGAAGAAAUCGAUACUGAAACGGGUCUGUGAUAGUUCGCGUAAGUGGGGCUGCAACUUUGCCACCAAUUCCUGCACCAGCAACGACGAGCAGACGGAGGUGUAGCUGUAAGCGGAACUGCUGAUCUAAGGGAAUGGGAGGGCGAGAGUGACAGACACGGGGGUGGCCUUUAGGGUUAGGGUUUGUUUUUGCUGGCGCACGGUGCCAAAAAGCCAAAAAGCGCUGGAAGUGAACCGCUGAGAACCUGGGCGGGAGUGUUCCUUUCCAUUUCAUCCUUAUCAUUACAUUAUUUAUUUACUGCCUUCCAAUCCAACUUUGACCACUUACCUGCACAGCAAUGACACUAUUUUGCAAUACGUAUUAGCUUAUUUAUUGGUUGCAUUGGACAAAACAAAAAAAACUGCUGACGUCUCUAGGCGGCACGUGCUACGACGUGUUUGCCCGACGAACCCGACCGGCCAUCAUGCUGAGACAUUCUUGUGCAUUUCUGGUGCACCAACGGCAACAGACAAUCCUUACGGCACUAAUGCUCCAACACCACGUGGGGAAACGGGUGGGCUUGGGUUUGAUUCCCAUUUUUUGCCAUGCGCGGACACCCCGGUUUGGGUGUCCUUUUUCUUGUUUUAAAAUAACGCCCUGUUGGUGUGCUGGAAGAACAAACAAACACAAACGUUUUGCAAAGCCAAGCGUCACUGUCAUUCGACUCAUCCACCACGCGCUGCAGACGCGCAAGGGAGAGGGGGCGCAAGGGGGUGCGUUUGACCGCGUGCACGUAAUGUGCACGGCUGGCACAAAACAAAAUGAUACAGUCCGUGUGUGCGUGUGUGUGUGUGUGUGUGUGUGUGUGUGUGUACGGACGCCGGCCUCGGGCUGGAAACCGGCCAGUUCUCACGUUGUCAAACCACACUGGCACUGGCUGGCGUAAUGUAGGCGCCGGUGGACGGCCAUGUGUAGUAGCUCCCAGCGCGUAGCUCACAUCACACGACACGUGGGGAUUAAAAUAGGACAUUGGGCCGUGGACACCCCGAUUAGAACGGUGCGGCUAGAAGCGUAUGCUUUUUAGUAGCCCGCACACGUUGCGUACCCGGUGCGCGGGCUCGGUGACGCAGCGCGACACCACACUACACGUAACAGGAAAGCCGAAAAUAUUACACGUCCAGCCUAAAGAGACAGAGAGAUUGAGACAGAAAGUGUGAGAGAGAGAGAGAGAGAAAGAGCGAGGGAAAUAGAGAGAAUCAAAUGGUGCCAUUUCCUCACAUCCCAAAUUGCUGACGUGCAUUUAAAUGGUGAACCGAUCGCAAGCUUAAGGGAGUUAAUUAGUGAUGGGCGUUUCGGUGCGCACCAACGGCUCCGGAGCCGGCUCCGGACUAACGGCUCCGGAGCCGGCUC